AUGAUGGGCUCGGAGUUAGGUGGUACAUUGGUGAAUGCAAUUGUCUCUCUCGCCUACUCCGGAAAACCGGAAGAGUUCCGCCGUGCGUUUGCUGCCGCUACACUUGGAGACGUAUUCAAUGUUUGCUGCAUCUUCGUAAUACUUCCUUUGGAACUCGCCACAGGUUUCAUCGAAAAGCUGAGCUGGUUGAUUGUAGAUCCAUUGAUCGCUGAACAAGGUAUUUCUAUAAAAACGUUGGACUUGUUAACCGAUCCAGUCAACCGAAUGAUAUUGGAGGUAAAUGAACCGGAAUUACGAAAUGCAACUAUCGAUGACGACUACUUUCCACCUGAUCACUCAUUUGUUUAUCGAUGCGUAUUCAAAAAUGGUUCGCGAAUUUACAAGUGUAAGUGA